AGAAUGACACAGCCUACCACACCACAGUCCACCACAUCAUGGCUGAGUCACUCUGUCUGGGAUACUCUCCACUUCGACAUGCAUCCAGUCCAGCACAGGGCUCAGUUUAAAGUGCAAUUGGGACCUCAGUGCGAAGUCUGUGACAAAAGGAACAGUUGGUAUUACAGUCUGGUAGCCAUCCAGGACUCAUUACAGAGCUAAGUUACAUACCAACAACUAACAACCCUUUGUGUAAGUGUGCUUUGUGUGCAGGUCUGUUUUCCAGGUAGUGGGAGAGAAAAAAAACAAAGAAAAAACUAACAAAGAAAUAAAGAGGGAAAAUUAACAACUACAACCAAACCAGGGGGAAAAAACAGACUUGGUGCAUGCAUUUUAAUACGCCACUGUGUCAAAGCGAGUGCUCAUUUGCAAGCCAUUGCGUUAAAAAUAACUUUAUUGUGGUAGAUCAUGUUUUGGUAGGAGGGUUUAUUUUGCCCCACUGGGCCAGUCUCAUGGGCAGCAGAUGAGCCUUGCAGAGAGGCUUGUGUGUGCUGUGAACAGACAGAGGAUCCCAGCCAGCUCUUGCUCCCUCUCUCACUGUGCUCUGCUCUGCUACUGGCCUGUACACUCCAUUCCAACAGCUCGUCUCUUUUCUCUGCUCCAGAUGAUGCCUUGGAUAUAGCCGGCCCCCAUGAGUGAUAUGAGUAACACACUGGAAGACAUACACACCUCUGACAGCCUCGGAGAGAAAGCAGAGAUUUUUGGGAGUGGGAAGGGUAAUGUGAGUGGCUUUUCCAGCCCAUCCCUCAUCCCUUUGCAUGCUCCUUUACAACCACCAAAUGCCCAGCUCUCCAGGACUGCUGUCUGCCAGGGGAAUAGGAAAAUUAAAGAGGGAGAGGAGUCUCUGCUGGCUGCCCCUGUUCCAAGCCUUUUCCCAGAACUCAUUCCCUCAACCGUCUCAUCACUUGUCUCCGAUUGUUUAUUACCCUGGACCAAAAGUGGCGCAACUCAGGUAAUCAAAGUGUAUACUGAGGACAAUACAAGUCGAGCAGUAGAGGUUCCGACUGACAUCACAGCCCGGGACAUAUGCCAGCUGUUUGUCCUGAAGAAUCAUUGCAUUGACGACCACAGCUGGACACUGUUUGAGCAUCUCUCCCAUCUAGGCAUAGAAAGAAUCAUAGAAGAUCAUGAAUCUGUUAUGGAGGUGCUGUCCGGUUGGGGCAUGGACACAGACAGUCGGCUAUAUUUCCGGAAGAACUAUGCCAAAUAUGAAUUCUUCAAUAAACCGCUGGAUUCUUUCCCAGAUCACAUGGUGUCCAUAUCAAGUGAAACCAAUGGGAUGAUGAACCAUUCUCAGCUAAUACAGACUUUUCUCAACUCAAGCACUUGUCCAGAGAUCCAUGGGCACCUCCAUGCCAAAGAACAAGGCAGGAAGUCUUGGAAGAAGUUCUACUUUGUCUUGAGGAGGUCAGGUCUCUACUUCUCCAACAAGGGGACAUCAAAGGAACCAAGGCAUCUCCAGUUCAUUGCUGAGUUCAGUGACAGCGACGUCUACACGUUCCUAUCAGCGAGAAAGAUACACGGAGCGCCUACGGACUAUGGCUUCUGUGUCAAGUCUACUAAGUGUGGCUCUCCACGAGACCUCAAGUUGUUGUGUGCAGAUGACGAGCAAACCAGAACCUGCUGGGUCACUGCCAUGCGCCUCUUUAAGUAUGGGAUGCAGCUGUACCAAAACUUCAUUCAACCACACCAGAAACAGAAAACUUCACCUAUGAGAAGUAUCUCAGAGAACUCCUUGGUGGCCAUGGACUUCUCAGGACACAAGAGCCGGGUGAUCGAGAACCCAUCGGAGGCGCUGUCCGUAGCCGUAGAGGAGGGGCUCUCAUGGAGGAGGAAAAGCUGCCACCGUCUGAGCUCUCAUGGAAGCCCGUCCACCUCUCAGAGUCCCAUGUCAAACAUAGCUCUCCAUAUGGCCCAGCCCUGGUUCCACAGCAAAUUGUCCAGAGACGAAGCACACCUCUUAAUCACUCAACAGGGUCUGAUUGAUGGAGUAUUUCUUCUAAGGGACAGCCAAAGCAACCCCAAUACAUUUGUACUGUCACUGUGUCACACACAGAGAAUCAAACACUUUCAGAUCUUACCGGUGGAUGAAGAGGGGGAAUUGUUCUACAGCCUAGAUGACGGUCAUACGCGCUUCACUGAUCUGAUCCAGCUAGUGGACUUCUACCAGCUCAACCGUGGGGUUCUGCCCUGCAAGCUCAAACACCACUGUGCCAGGAUCACCCUCUGAGGGUGCAGGGGUCUCCUAGGGCCCCAUACAUACAGAAGCACCUUAAUCACAGCCAAUGCCUCUCUGGAGAACCAACCACCCAUGCAUCCCUCACUCCCUCCUAUGCCUUGGACAGGAGACACAGAGAACACCUCCAGACAUAAGCGAACUGAAACCACUUAUCACCCACUACAAUCCAUUAUCUUGGAGAAAACUGUGGUAAUCAGUCUUUGUAAUGAUUUUACUUUUUAAUAAAAUAUUAAAUAGGUGUUAUGAUUAAAAAUA